AUGGCUGUAUUCAAAGUCAUGCUUGGUUCUCUUCUCAUAUCACUUCUUCUCCUCCACCUCGUCCACGCCGAUAUGGAUAUGUUUGGUAUUGUAGAUUGUCGGAGUAGGUGCAAAGCACGGUGCAGGCUCUCAAGUAGGCCGAACCUUUGUCACAGAGCGUGCGGGACUUGCUGCGCCAGGUGCAACUGCGUACCAGGUGGUACGUACGGAAAUUACGACCAGUGCAAGUGCUAUGCAAGCCUCACCACCCACGGUGGUCGCCGCAAGUGCCCUUAA